UUGAUUGUGAUCAAAAAUAAAGUGUGGAAUCUAAAAGCAAUAUCAACUUAAUUAUUCUUUUGUAUAUAAAAUAUUUUCAAAUCCUUACAUUAUUGUAUCAUAAAUUUAUUUAGGUAACUAAAUACUUCGUACAAAAUGUACAAUUGUUAACUAGUUGUACUCUAGUCCGGGCUUUAGUGUUUUUUAUUUAAAACUCUAAAAAACAUUUCUUUUUGACGUCUGAUGAAUUAUGUCGUGUUUUUUAACAUACAACGUACUGAUUAACAUUUUUCCCUACAUUCUUCAUUAAAAUGGUGGAACCAGCAGUUUCUGAUGUGGACCCGUUGGGAGCCUUUUCUUACCUAUCUCAAUACCACUAUGGUCAGUUUCCAAACACAAUCAACCCAACAUAUCAAUUUGCUGUUAAACCAGAAGAAUUUUACACAUUACCCCCAAGCAGUACUUCUGAUAACACCAACUAUGUAAAUACAACUCCCACAGCUCACAUACAAAGUGAGAAACAACCAGAUCCAAGUGUAAACUUUGAUAUAAAACCAUUUUUAAAAACCAAUGGCAAAGUUAAAAAAGAGAAAAAGAGUUUUAUUUCUCAAAAAAUUACUCAAGAAGGAUAUCCAUUCUAUGGUUGUGCUGUUUGUAAUAUAAGUUUCCCAGCACUUAGAGAAUUAGAUGUACAUGUUGCAACACACAAAGGCAGAACAACAAGUUAUGAUUUAAGAGUGAAGAAUGCAUUGAAAAAGAAGAGAUUAAAAAAGGAGCAGAAAAAAUUAAAGAAAAUGAAAAAAGAGGCAGUGUCUGAUAUUGAUAUUAAACCUGAAGAUGGUUAUAUUGGUAACGAGAAAGCAACAGAAUUUGGUUUGAACAACAAUGAUGUGAAAAACAAAAGUAAUCAGGAAGAACUAAAAACCCAAGAAAAUGCAACAGAAUCCACAAAUUUAGAAAAGAUUUACAAGUGUUUUGCCUGUCAGAAACAGUUUAUAUUAAGUUAUUAUUUGAAGUUACAUGUUAGAUCACAUACAGAUGAAAAGCCAUACACCUGUGAACAAUGUGGGCAAUCCUUUAUAACGGCUAGCAAGCUUGGACGACAUAAUAAAAGAUUUCAUUUAUCUGUCCAAUAUCAGUGCAGAAUUUGUUAUAGAAAGUUCUACAGAUUUGAAAUCCUAACGCGACAUUUUGAUAAAAUACAUGCUGAUGACAAAUUAGAAGGUGAACCAUAUGACUUCAAUGCAAUAUUACCAUACUUAAAAGAAUUGGAGGAACAACUACGGGAAAAGCAAGAAAUGGAGAAAGCUAAGACGAAAGAUGAUUUAUGGUCUAACGAAUGGCCAAGUCCGACAAUAGAAAACGAGAAAGAAGAUGUUAAAGAGAGUAAACCAGAAGUAGAAGAUAAGAAUUUAGAAAUAGAAGUUGUUAAAGUGCCUAUGGAUGAUGUUGAAAUUAAAGAAGAAAUUGAGGAUGUUGAUUAUAAUUAUGAUAAUGCGGUUAAUGAUAAUGGAAUUAAUUAUGAUAUAAAUAAUGAUGUGAAUGAUAAUGAGGCUAAUGAUAAUGAUAGAGACGACGCAAGUGUCAAUAACGACGAUUCAGACGAAGAUUAUUUCCCAUCAAACACAUGGUUGAAGCCUGAGGAGCCGUUAGAAGUAACGACUAACGGCGUCAAGUGUCCCGUGUGCGACAAAAGUCUUAGUACGGCGUCGUACAUGCGAGUGCACAUGCGCACUCACACGGGCGAGCGUCCGUUCAAGUGCUAUAUAUGUGAUAUGGGAUUUAUAACGGCCAGCAAAAUGCACAGACAUGUUCUGACACAUCCGGAAUCGUUGAAAGAUGAACUCAAAUCGGAAAAUGAUGCGAAAAAUGAAAUGGAUGAUGAGGAUAAGGAGAAAGUGAAAAAGGCUGUAAAAAAAUUAUCGAAGAAAGUCAACGACAAGUCGAAGAAAUAUCGGAAGAGGCCUCACGCCUGUGAAUAUUGUCACAAACGAUUUUUGCAUCUUCAUACAUUACAGAUCCAUAAAAAAUCCCAUGAAGGCGAAGAAAUUAAAUAUAGAUGCCACUACUGUCUUCUAGAAGUUGAGGAUGAAGAGAAUCUGAAGGUUCAUGAAGGAAGCCAUACAGGACCAAAGCCCUACCAAUGUACUAUAUGUGAUAAGUUGUAUAAAAAGAGAGAGAGUAUGCUUUAUCACAGGAAAAAUCACAAACCCGAACGAGAAUUCAUAUGCGAUAUUUGUACGAAAUCUUUUAACGCACAAUGCAAACUGCAAAGGCAUAUAAUAAGCCAUAGUGUGGAUAAAUAUAUGUUGAAAUAUGAGUGUCCUGUCUGUGCGCAUAUGUUUAAUACAAAGUAUCAUGUACAAAUGCAUUUGUCCACGCAUCAAAGGGAGGGAGUGAUACAAGAGGAAAAUCGCAACGAAAUCCUGGCUAUGGUGUUACAAAACGCGCGUAGGAUUCCCCGCAAGGGCGAGACCCACAACUUGACGGACGUCAUACCGUCGGACGAGCGAAGCCGCGUGUGCAACAUAUGCGGCGAGGUGUUCCAGCACUUCUAUUACCUAGAGGAGCACCUCAAAUCCCACGGAUCCAAGAUCGCCAUAGAGAACAUCGACAAAGAGGAAGAGAAGAAAUAUAUUUGUGAAGUUUGUAAUAAAGGUUUUAAAUUGCACUAUUAUUUGAAAUUGCAUAGCUUUACCCACACAAAGGAGAAACCGUUCAUUUGCCAGCAGUGCGGGAAGGGCUUCAUCACCAGGGGGAAACUGAAGAGGCAUUUGGAGACUCAUACGGGCUUAAAGAAAUACCAAUGUCAUAUUUGUUGUAAGUUUUUUACGAGGCCCAGUUAUUUAAGGGUUCAUGUGAGGACUAUACAUGGUGCUCAGCUGGUUAGAUUGGGGCUUAGGACGUAAAAUUAAGCUUUGCUUGAGUGAGUGUGACUUAGGAUUUGAGUUGCUUACAGCGGGAAAUUUAUUCAACGUAAUUUUUACUCACAAAAUUUUACAUACUUUUUUCAUUUUAUAUCAAAUUACUGUCGGAUUAUAAUGAUGGAGGAUCCGUUUAAGUAUUACGUAAGCACUAUUUGGGGGGGGGGGGGUCGGUUCUUUCAAUUUCUUAUUUGGUGAUUACGUCAACAGUAAAUAUUUACUUUUCUACACACCUACAGAUUGUAUAUGCUUGAAAAGGAAAUGCAAUUUCAAGGAUUCAUACAAACAAUUAUUGAAAGCUCUGUUUACUUUUGCUGGAGAGCACAGAGCUCAGGGGGGUGGAAUAAAUUUCAGUUAAUCUGCUUACAUAAUACUUGAACGGCCCUGUGCCAGUUUACAAACAUGGCUUGUAUAUGGUUGUCAUUCCACACAGACUAUGUCAGACUUAGAGUAUAAAGAUUGACAGGUCCUAGAUUGAAAUUUGUGACAUACUAUACCACUCACUUAGGUAAUUUUUUAGUACGAUUUUUUUAUAGAAACUCACAAUGGAAUUGAAAAUUAUAAAUUAAAAGAACAUAAUAAAAUUUAUACAAUGUUUUAACAGAUAAAAAAUGUAAAUUUUAUUUUAAAUUAUGUAAAUUGCGGGUAUUAGGUUAGGGUGGCGGUAUUACAUCAUUACACUUACGAAUGGCCGUCAUGAACACCGAGUUUGAAAAAGAAUUAUAGGUUUUUUUACAGAACAGGCAUGAAGCUCACCCGAUGUUAAGUGGUACCGCCCAUGGGCACUCAAUGCCAGCAUCCCUGUUCUGUAAAAAAAUAAAAUCCGUUGAUUAAAUUUUGACCUGUGUUUAAUUUAAAUAAGAAAUAAUGUAUUUUUGGUGUCAAACUGUCAAAUGACAUUCUGUGAGUGAUACCCGCAUGUCAAAAUUGACUUUGACAUUCGGGUGUGCUCUAUGGCCUAUUAUUAUGACGGGUAUACGUAAGUCGAAUGAGUACUGUGUGAGUAGUUUAAGACAGUAAUUGAUAGCAAUAAUUAUUUUUAGAUUUCUUCACUUUGUUGAUAUUUGUAUAAAGCGAAUAAAAUAUUAAGUUUUUAA